AUGAAAGUGAGGCUCACCGGCACCUUCAAGGGCUACUUGAUUCAGGCGAGGAAGGCCGAUGAUGUCGACACCAUGGUGCCGGGAAAGUUCGUCGUCGAGGCCAACUCCAGCCGCACGAGCGACUGCGGCGGAGAAGAAGCGACGGCGUUGACUCACAAGGACGGAGAGGUGAAGAGCCAGGUGACGACCACGUGGAUACCGCCCUCCAACUGGGAAGGCCAGAUCGUUUUCCGUGCCACGGUAGUGCUAGAUUAUGACAACUACGUGGAACGCAUCUUCUCAGCUCCCGUCUCAAUUCAGAGGUCCAGCUUCGAUACGGGAAAAAAAGGGGAGGCAGCAACCACACCGGCGACCAAUGCGGCGUACUCCGGCUGUGGCCAGACGAUGGGCUGCUUCGGCACACCUAAGGGCUGCCUGUCCCGCGGCACCUGCUCCCUGCUGCUCACUUAUGUCGCUCGCGGCGACGGUGUUGACUACGAGCUCACUGCACCAGCGCGCCACGAGAACAUGUGGAUCGCCGCCGGCAUCUCCGAGACGCCCAGCAUGGAUAUGGCAAGUGUGGUGGAGUGCCUGCGCAACAAAGGAGUGAUGUCAAUGCGAGAGUCUUGGAACACUGACAGCAAGAAAAACAUCCUCAUUCAAACUCCCGGCCUGACGUUUGUCAAGCGCGACUACCACGAUGGCAUGCUUCGUUGCUCCUGGCACCGCGCUCACGUGACGAGUGUGCGGAAGACCACUUUCAACACUGCGACCAACAGUUACCACUUGCUCCUGGCAGCUGGACUGUUUGAGGGAAACACUGAUGUUAAGAAAGAACAUUAUGAACGGGAUUACACCAAGGCUCCUGUGAACCUGAAGGCCAUGCAGGUUGCUUUGGGUGGGGCUGGCUCUGACAUUUUCAUCAAGCUUCAUGGCUCUUUGAUGAUUGUUGCCUGGAUACUGCUUGUCAGCGUGGGCAUCCUUCUUGCCAGGCACUACAAGAAUGUUUGGGAGGCCACCACAGUAUGUGGCGUGAAGCCAUGGUUCGCUUUCCAUCGUGUGUUGAUGAUGCUAGCAGUGACCAUGAUGAUUGCAGCCCUUGUGUUGAUCUUCUACAGGGUCGGCCAGUGGAGCGUGACCGAAAAUCCUCAUCCAAUCUUGGGCAUUGUCUGCUCAGUCUUAGGAUUCCUCCAGCCCAUCAUGGCACUCUUUCGGUGCCAUCCCCAUGAAGACAACAGGUACAUCUUCAAUUGGGCUCACUGGUUCAAUGGAAACGCUGCCCAAAUUGUGGCAGUGGCCACCAUAUUCUUCGCCGCGGCUCUCGAGAAGGCACAGCUCAAGGGUGCCGACUGGUUCAUCUACAUCCUUGCGGCUUUUGUUGGAUUCCACGUACUAGUGCACAUCAUCAUGCAGAUCCACUCUGCGCUCAUGUCUAAGAAAGUGGCUUCCAAUGACAUAAAGAUGCAAGACAGGUCAGCUGCGAAUGGUGUUCACGCAGUAGAGCCAGGCCUCGAUAUGGAGCCUCCAGCAACGGAUGCCCCGGGAGGUGGCUUCCGACGGUUCAUGCUCGGAAUCUACCUCGUUGUUGCCAUACUCGUAGUAGCGGCACUGGUCUCUACCAUCUGGUUUGCUUCUGCACCAUGAAAACAUUGAUGAGGUCAUAGAGUGUCAAGAGAGAGAACGAGAGGAGGCUGUGUCGCCACGCUUAUGGAUCACAGUGAGAAAACCGUACAGCUGGCUGGCCCUACACACAGACCGCACAUAAACAAAGAACACAGACCUAGCUGGACUAUAUGAUGGUCUGUCUAUAUGCGAACCGGUUUGUGGAUUGUCCUCAGCCAGUCGAGCUAUCACCGUCACCACCUGUGCCUCAUCUCACAGUGGUCAAGUGCCUCCAGAGGCUGGUGGAGAACAAAGCCGAAACGUCCUUCAUUCAUAUCAACAAAACGUUUCACCAAGAUAAUACACACAAGAAACCCUAGCACAUCCGGCUGCCUUUGGACAUGAAUAGUGCCAAUGCUUCGUAUCAAGGAAGCUCUCUCGUGUGUGUGUGCAUUUGUUAUUUGCAAGACUUUUCGAACAAUUUUCUUGUGUAUUGUUAGUCUACUUUAUUUUGUGCUGAUGUAUGUGCUUAUCUUGUUUUCUUUUAAUGCUAAUCAAGUGUGUAACGUUCCAGUGAACGAAGUCCCCCAGUAUACGUUACCUUUUUAUGAAACGCUGUGGCCUCGAAUAGUCCUUACAUAGUGAUUUUGAUGCGUUGUAUUUUUUUGUUCGCCUGUAACAAUACCUUCGCUGUUUUUGAGGUCCUGCUUUCUGCUUAGAAAGCAGAAGUGCAUGGCAUUUAGUUUUUUAAUAUUUUUAGUGCUUCUACCUCAUCUCUAAAAAUGUUUAUAUAUGACUUAGCAAGCCUAACAAUUUUAUCAGCUGUAGUUUUAUAUUAUUGAGCUUUGCUUCGCAGCUAGAAGAUGGUGCUUACACCUAGAGUAUUGUAUAUAUAAUGGAGCAAACUUCUCUACCAACGGGAAUGCAGAUAAUGAUGUAAAUAAGCGAGUAAUAUAUUGUGUUAAUAAAUAGUUGUUUUCUUUUUUAA